CAGUGGUUCGGUUCGGUUCGGAUUUUGUGUUUAGUCGAGGAGUCGCUUUCGCGUUGUUGUUGGUUGGCUUGUGCAUUUUUUUUAGCAAGACUCUCUAAACAGAAAUUUUCUCCUCCCCUGCUUGUGUGGGUUGGAGAGGCUUGUUCCGUAACAAAAGUGCGUUUUGUUUUAUCAGUGAUCAGUGGCCUGAUUUUGCCUCCCAAUCUCAGCCAUCGCAUCGUCGUCGUGUGUCAUCGCGCGCUAGUUUCCGAUUACGGCUCAACGCAAGCAAAGCUUACAUAGGUUUUCGACGGCGUAAGUGAUCGAUGAAUGAAGAUUGAAGUGAUCAUAACGAUGAAAUGAUAAUGAAAAGGUAAAGUGCUAUUGGAGAAAGUCAAUUGAAAGUCAGUCAAAUAUCAAUUGAGCAUCAAUUGAAAAUCAAUCGAAAAGCCGAAGAAGAGUGAUCGAUCGCAGCACAGUGAAGAGCUUGCCACCGUUAUUGAAUGAAGAAGUUCCGGGGGCGAUAUGUGGUAUCUUGUACGGGGCUCGCCAAGUUGUGCUACCAGUAGUGAGUUUGUGAAGCAAAAAAACGUCCACUUUGUUAUCGGUUUCGGUGGUGGGUUCGAUCAGCAUCGUCGGCUGAAAAUAACGGCUGCUGCUGGCACUACUGUUGAAGAGAAGACGACAGCUGUUUCGGCUGCUGAAGAUUGGAACCGCAACGAAAGCAACGAAAGUCGUCGUCAUCGUCUUGGUUGGUUUGGUACACAUUAUUAUUGUGGUGAAUAGUGGUGCACUAUACCUGCCUACCUCUAGACCUAGCCGAGCUGAGCUCAGCUUCGACGGUGUGCGGUUUGUGGAUUUAGGCAGGCAGGCAGGCAGACGCGGUUACGGUGAAUGAAUGAUGGAACCGCGAGGGGCGCUCUUUCGAGAGAUCCACAAAAACACCUGGCUGCGACGGCUGAGCGGCGACGGAAAGCGACCAUCUGUGCUGGCUAAGAAAGCGGACCGUUACUGGGUCGUGUUCUGCGUCCAUGACGACUGCGAAGCGUUCCUCGAGGGUUACGUCGAUCCCCGGCAGGCGCCGUCCCACAGUCCGGAGUGGUCCCUCUCGCUGCAAACGGUCCAGCACAUCUCGCACGCCCUCGUUCCGGUCGAGCAGGAGUUCGAGUUCGUCAUAACGCUGAGCAGCGAUGUUGCCCGGUUCAACGCCAACACGUGGGAGUGCAUGCAGGAGUGGGUCGACUCGCUGCGGUCCAAACUGCGCGAGAUGAAGCUGCUCUCGCCCAAGGAGAAUCUCUAUUCUAAACUGCCGGAGGUGCGACCACCGCUGGCGCCAACGCGAGACCCUACGUCACCCCUGCCGGCAACUCCACCCGUUCCGGCAGCGAUCGUACCCGGAAUCGAACGUGUUCAACCGACCUCCCUGCAUCACCACACUCCUGGAUCCUCACAACCUUCCAGUAUUCCUCCGGUAGCGAUUCCUUCCACGAGCACCGCCUCCCCAAGCUCCUCCUCAACGUCCCACGUCCCCCCAAUCACUGCCAUGUCCAACACGUCCACCCAGAAUCUCAUGAACCUGCUGACGAACCCGCUGCAAGCUGUGAGCAGCAUAAACAAUCAGUACAUUAGCAGUCAGCACCUCUUCGAUGCCAUCUCCCUCGCGUCGUCCGAUCUGUCCGACGGCAGCCUGGACGAGUACUCGAGCGAUCUCAUCAAACGCUUCAUAUCGAGUAAUGGUGGUGCAUUAGCAGCGUCGUCGCAACCGCCCAGCGCGGCCCCGCCGGUGGCGUCAGGAUCCAGCGGCAGUCCGGUGGCAGGGCCAUCGACCAGCAGUGGCGGCGGCGGUUCGUCCAAUUUGGGCAAACCGCAGCAGCAGCAGCAGCAGCAGCAGCAAAAACCGGUCAAGGAGAACGGCACUGGGGGUGGCGGUGGUGCUUCGUCCUCUUUGGCCACGACCUUUGCGAACAACGUGUUGGGCGAUCCGGGAACGACGUCACUCAAGCGAACGGACAAAAAAGUGCUGGUCGACGUGAAAGCGGACGAUUUCGCUGCUGCUGAUAGUGGGAGUGAUGAAGAAGCUGACGCCAGCAACAGCAGCUCCGGUACCGGCACUACCAGUUCCACCAGCAGUAGUAGGAGUAGCAGCAGUAGCAGUAGCAAAGGCAGCAGCAGCAGUGGUAGUAGGAGCAGCGGCGAUAGAGCAAGGCGAAUCGGGAACGAAAGUGGCAAUGAAUCAUCGUUAUUAUCAACAUCACCGGCGGCAGCAACUCAAUUCGUGCAAUCCUCGGCCGCUGAACCCAGCAGUGCGAUGUCUUCAUCGCCAUUCUCGAAAGCAAGGCACACGAACCGUGACGAUCCAAAGCGGACCCGCCGGAAAUCGGGCCACAAGUCGUCGAGCAAAUCGUCUGCCAACGUCACCAUCAUACAGGUCUCGACCGGGUCCAGUGAUAGCGAAUCCCCGGUAAAACUACUCGCAUCUCCGAAGGCGAAACAUCGCACCCCCAAGCAGGAACUGGUAACGAAGCUAUCCAACGGUAGUACCCUGAUUACCGAUGACCUGAGCGACGACAACUACAAAAGUAACGUUCAAAUCAUUCCGUCCAACGUCGAAUACGACCACCACCAUCACCAUCAUGUAAGUCUUCUCCCGGAUCAUCACCUUCAGGAACCGUCGAUCAUCGCCUCGAUCAACGAUCGGCAGAUCACGACCGUCAAAGUACCUAAUCUUGUUGUCAACGGUAGCGGCAGUAGCGGUAGUAAUGGUACCAGUAGUAAUAGUAGUGGUAAUGUAACCAUCAGCUCAACUAGUGUUUCAACGGCGCAACCCACGGUGAUCGUGGCAGCUUCGUCCACGCCCAUCAAAAGUGAUAGCAACUUCGGCACGGUAACGCAAAUUUCGGUUAACGCGUCAUGUGAUAGACCUAGGACUCCUCCCCAACAGCAGCACUACGAGCAAGUAUUCCUGCUUCCUUCGCCCGUUCAAGUAGUCAACAAUCUGGAACAGCCGAUCAGUCUACAAUCACCACCUUCAUCCAGUUCCGCGGUGGCGGCCAAGCUCAACAAGAGCAAGAUCACUCUUCUCAGCAAACAGCCACGAUCAUCUAGUCAUUCCGAGAUACAGCUCAAUCGAGUCAAGCAACUGCGCAUCGGUCAGGGAAACAAGGAAAACGAAGGCGGCGUAGCAGGUUCCUCCGGUCACAAGAGCGGUAUCCUCCCCUCGGCGAGCAGUCCCGCGGUUCCGUCGUCUGGUGGUAAUCUAAGUCCAUCGAAGCGAACUCCAGCGGACAAGAACAUCUAUACGCCUCAACCGCAGCGACCAAUGCUGCAGCGAGGACUCACGGAGAUGGUCAUCAGUAGGUCAACCAACGCGGUCGUUGCCGGAGGACGCGAUCCGGCUCGGGGACGGAUGCCAACGGCACAGCAGACGGCGGACAAAUUCCGGAACGAAGUUAACGAGCAGAGGCGACGAAGUUCGUCGACUUCCGACGCGCAACCCGAAACGUCCGGCAAUCCGGCCAUGAGGGCGCGGCUGAAUGGGGCGUCCCGCCUGCAGUCGCCUCCGCAGCCGUUCCGACCGCACCACCAAUUGAUCAACCAGCAGCUGGACUCGAUGAACGGAUCCAAUCGGAAGAUGACCCUACGGGAGCAGCAGGUGAUGCAACUGCGCCGGGAAAUGAUGCACCCGGGAGGAGUUCGGCUGCAGCUGCGCCGAAAGGAUUGCAUAAACUCGAUCGGACUGGUGGAUGCUUUUGGGGCCGUGUGGGUUGCCGGCUGGAAGCAGAAGGAACACCCGGUGCUGUACAAUGCGCUGCACAUUGGCGAUCAGCUGAUAUCGGUAGCCGGGAUGGCGAUCACCAGUUCCGCCGAGGCACACAAGGUGAUUCGGGGAGCGCCGGGAUUAUUCGUGGAAUUGAUCAUCCGGAGGGUACCAUUCGGACGGGUUUACGCCAUCCGACGGGAACUGGAUGGCCAAUGUUUGGGUUUGAUUCGGGAUGGCAACACUUCCACCAUCGUCGAUGUGGUGCCCAACAGUCUCGCAGCGAGGCACGGGUUGCCUCCCAAGGCACAAUCCUGUGAUGGUCUAUCGCUUACCUUUUGGGUGCUGACAGAGAUCAACGGACGGCCACUGAAUCUGUUCUUCAAGGACAAUGAAAUACGGGACCGGUUGAACGCCGUUGGAAGAGACAUAUCGAUCUUGGUGCAACCAGCCGACUUGGUGACCAAGUUGAAGAAACAACUGAAAUCUCUGCGUGGUCACAAGGACUUUAUCGUGCAAUAGAAAAAAACUUUCAAAAAAUGAGCAACGUUCUCAUCGAAAAAGGUAAGUAAAGCUGCCACACGCAUAUUUAUUUAGUCAUACAACUUACCAGGAAGUAGGAGCUGAGAUUGAACGCUGCCACCAGAACCACAUCAGAUGGAGUUUCGUAUGUCGUAUGUCGUGUGUCGUCAUACGAGAACAGAGAGAGAGCAUGUGUGAUAGAUUUCCUACCGCGGCAAUCCUCGGCGGUGGGUUAGAUACCUAUAUUUUCCAAUUUUUAACCACAAAGUGUUUUGCUUUUCGUUUCGAAUUCAGCCGGAAAAGAAAUAAUUCCAAAAACAAAAAAUCGUCAAAAAAUAGCAACCUUUAGGCGUAACUUUAAACAAUUCACAAUACAAAUCAAAGAAACUUACAAGGCUGUACUAGUGUGUGAACGGUGAAAGUUUAUAUAUUUAGACUCUUAGUAGCAAGCAAACAAAGCAAGUACUCUGAUAUCAAUAAUGGGAAGUCGAUAUGUUCAAAAUUCCUCGGAUUUGUAGAUCAACAACCUUAGGGCGCAAAAAAUUUCCAUCCUAGAAUACCUUUUUUAGGCGAUAGACGUUUUAGAGAAUUUAAAUUUUAGAAACCAUUUAACGUACUAUUUAACCAUCUCGCGUAGAAAAAAGUCAUACAAUUAUUGUCAGUAAGCCAUUCGAUUCCGAAUUCAGCAGCAAGGGAUAUAUACCAAUACAGUUUAGGAAACAAAUCUCACAUAGAAACAUGAACAUAUUUUUAUACUAGGCCGUUUUUAACGAUGAUGGGAGAACAUUUACAAAACUAACACCGAGACAGCUCAAAACUAAACCGUGUUUACCCAAGAAGAAGAAGAAGAAGCCAGAAGUAGUCAUUAGAAUGCAUCCAACUUUUUGUCACCUCCUUUUGACAGACUCGUAACUGCACGUAACUUCCACUGGAAGUUACACACUCUGAAAUGUAUGGAAUUACACUUGUGACUCUCAUUAGUAAAAAAAAACAUGUGAGUGUC